UUGUGGGGCCUUCUGCAUUCAUUCAUUGUGAUCUGAUCGACAUACUGACGCAUACGGGCGGUCCCUUCUGAGCGGGUUGCUCCAUAGCGGCCUCUACUUCAGUGGCUACUUGAUCGAUCUCAGCCUCGUCCAUGUCUUCCCUCGCUGGCCGCUUCUCUCUGCCGGAAACUACACCAUCGGCACUGCCGGCAGCCUGAUCGACAAGCACCACACAUUGGCGUACAAUCAUUACAGAAUUGACCUACCUUCGACGUGGCCUUGUGAUUUGACGUCGGCCGCCUCUUCCUCUUUUUGGCGGCGUCCUCAUCCUCGCUACUGGUGCAAUAGCCGUAGCCCGGCUGGUCUUGUUGAUGUGACGUUGGCCGCCCUCUCCCUUUGUUGGUGUCCUCAUCCUCGCUGCUGGUGCAGUAGCCGUAACUUGGCCGCCUGGGCGCUGUCUUCCUGGCACGCUUCUUGACGGUGGAGAGGGACUCGAUGAUGACACAGUCGCUGUUUAUUCGACUGACAUCCAUGUUUUCACUGUAUUUGUUAUUCGGUGAAUCACUCAUUCAGGCCGACCGGCGACUCUAAAUUGCUCUAAAUCUCUCUGGACAUUCACGCAUGGUAAAUUGCCAAAAUCGAAUGGCUGAUAUUUGAUUGUCUG